UGGGUUCAGAGUUGAAAGUCAAACGGUACUGCGGCUCCUCAGCAUGGCAGUCUUGGUUGGACGUAGAGCCCUGCUGCAAGCUUUCCGCGUGCACACAGCGGACCGGGACAGCGCGUGCAGGCUGGCGGCUGCCUCGUCCUCUUUGAAACAGUAUGUGUUCUGCGGUAUAGGCUCGCCCUCUUUCCGAAACGGUUACGGUGUGCUGACACGACACUACAGCUCCGACUUGAAGGAUGACCUGCGCGUCAGAUAUCUGGACGGAGAGGAUGCCGGUAUCGUCGUUGUUGGGAUAAAUCGACCAAAAGCCAAAAAUGCCAUAAGCAAAAAUCUGGUUAAAAUGAUGUCCGAGGCCGUGGAGGACAUCAAGAAAAACAACAAAGUGCGCAGUGUCAUUUUAUGCAGUCUUGCUCCUGGGAUCUUCUGUGCAGGUGCAGACCUGAAGGAGAGGGCCAAGAUGCACCAGAGUGAAGUUGGACCAUUUGUGUCCAAAGCAAGAGCACUCAUCACAGAGCUGGGUAACCUGCCGGUACCAACAAUUGCUGCAAUAGAUGGGGCUGCCUUAGGAGGAGGCUUGGAAAUGGCGCUUGCUUGUGACAUAAGGAUUUCCUCCAAUACAGCGAAGAUGGGACUAGUUGAGACCAAACUUGCGAUUAUUCCUGGAGCAGGUGGUACACAGCGUCUACCCAGGGUGAUUGGUGUCUCUCUUGCUAAGGAGCUAAUCUUUGCUGCCCGGGUGGUGGAUGGAACAGAGGCGUGUCGUCUGGGCCUCGUCAGUCAUUCUGUGGAGCAGAAUAAGAGUGGAGAUGCUGCCUACCUGCGAGCUCUGGAGCUCGCCCGUGAGAUUAACCCUCAGGGUCCAAUUGCAAUACGGAUGGCAAAACUGGCAAUCAACCAGGGGAUAGAGGUGGAUUUAUCCACAGGUCUGGCAAUUGAAGAGGCUUGCUACGCCCAGGUGAUCCCAACUAAAGAUCGACUGGAGGGUUUGGCUGCGUUCAAGGAGAAGAGGCGUCCUCAGUAUAAGGGGGAAUGAGGCAACUUCUGGAAAUAAUUCUGCAUUCAGCUCUCCUACUGUUCCACUGCUUCCAACAUAUUUAUGAGGCAGACUGUACCCGCCAACACAUUAACCUGUACAGUAACCAGCGGACAGCUCUCUGACUGCAUCAACUAACACUUUAGGAUUUGGAGAAACCGAGUAAACCAACCGAGCAUUGACUCCCGCUUCAAACUGCAAACUAAAACAUGAAUUACUUGGUUGGUUAUUGAUGUUAGCAGUAUGAUUGGCAGUAGGUCACUAACCAGAGCACCUGUGUAGUGAACCAGUCAGUGCCAUUAAAGAGCACUAAAUAACCAGAGGUGUCUGCAUAAAAUCAUAAGAGACUGGAUUUCUCACUUAAAUCAUGACCACUGUGUGUAGGAUGUAAAAAUCUGGUGGUACCACUGUGGUAGUUACAGUAAAAGACACCGUGACCCAGGAUGAACUGUCUGAAGCAGUGCAGUCUAAAUCCAGUAUUAAUACAACCUUUUGCCAUCAGAAACUACUACAAUCACUACAAACCUUCUCUUCUUCAACAGUGAGUACGGUCCGUUAACAUGUUGGUUAAUGCAGCAUCCUUAAUGACGGGGCUCACAUGACUUUAAAGAACACUGCAAAUAAAAACUUUAAUCAGAAUCAUUUUAAAAGUAAUUACAUAAACUCUACAUGUGGUGGCUUUAAAUAAAAUAAAAGCUCAUUCUCAUCAUGCCUAGCUAGUUUCAGUUACCAGAUCAGUGGUGCUCAUAAGGAUGCAAACACUCAAGGUGCAACAGGAGGCCAUUUAUUAGCUGAAAAACAUCCUGGUGCCCAUCGCUACUCUUAAGUAGAAAAACAAAUGUGUAUUAAAUCAUAUUGACAUAAUGCAAAAAUAUAUGAUUUUUAACAAUGGAAGUUUGUUCUCAAUUUUGGAAAAAGUAGUCAGAACAGAAAACUGAAGGUCCACUUACUGGCUUUUUCAAGAGCUUUAAACCACAGCUCAGUCUUAAUCUGUGGAUGGUGCUGAUAUAGAUCAUGACAUUGGGUUAAAAGCCCUGAAAAAAGAUUGUAAGUGGAUCUUGAGUUACAUUUCCUUCCCCAUCUUUUCUACAGAGACUCCAACAUACUUUUUUAUCUUUUGUGCACAAGAUUAAAGCUGCUAUAGGUAACUUUUAUGAAAUUCUUUUUUGACAUAUUUGGUGAAACUUUCACUAUAUCCUGACAGUAAUACAUCAGACAUCUACUGGGCCUGAACGAAAACAACUAAUCAGAGCCAAGAAAAGAUAUAAAGACAAUUUUGGGUUGGUUACUUGAAGAUAAUUUAUUGUUGAGUCUCAUUCCCAGCAUUGGUUUUGAUUUGAUUUGAUGACUUGGGAAUGAAACUCAACCAUGAACUAUCUUGGCUCUGAUUGGUUGCUUUCAUUCAGAGCUGAUGGAUUCUUGCAAAUGCCAUUAGGAGCGCUAGAUGGUCUUCUAGUCUUCAUUGAUUUAGGUAUCUGAAUGUUUUUGUAAACCAAGCCUCAAAUUUCUUUUCUGAAACCGUGGAUGAAUGAAUCAGUGGAGAUGAUGUGCUGUUAUUCUAGUAAGUGAAGUCAGAUUGGAACAUGAGACCAUAUCACACGGUUGUAAAUAAAACUUCUGUAACACAAAAA